GCAGAAUGCAGGAAGCGUACUACUAAAAGUUGCAUUCACGGACACCGAAUAACCUCUAGUUUCUGUGUGUGUGUUUUUUUUCCACGGCGGUGUUCGAUGAGGUAAUGUCUCGGAAAUGUUAUGAUGUUAUUUCCAGCGGCAGCAGCCUCAGGCCGCACUAGUUUUGUUCUCAAACUUCAGCCCCAGCACAGUCUUGCUACCGGUUGGGACUUGGUCGCUGGGCUUCAGCCGACGGCUCCUCGCAGAAGUUGCUGAAAGCCAUGCGGACGGAGGAGCAGCUCUUCGGGAAGGCUUCGGGUGCCGUGCGGGACAGGAGAGCGGGGCGGCUCGGAUCGGAAAGUCUCUGCAUGCUUGCGCGUCCCUUUGAAUGGGGUGCUGUGUUUUGAUCCUCUCUGCCAUUCUGCAAGAGCCGUGUCUGUGCCGUGUGGGUGCUGCGGUCCGACCGGCGGGGAGGGACGCAGCGGUGGGACUCCCAGCUGCCAUGCUGCGUGCUGAGCACAGACAGGACCGCGCUGGCUUCAUAUGAGGCGACUUGGUGAGAUUACGGUUGGGAAGCGCCGCUGCUCCGCCGACGAAGGAAACGUGUCUUUCAUUUCGCUGCCGUGGCCUCACACACCGACCGUGUGGAGGCGCACACAGCGCCAGUCACUGGCUUCAGCUCGAGUUGACUAAUUAGCUGUGAUUUUAUGGCCACUCCAGAGCAGAGCUGCUCACGCGCGCCUGUUACGCACGUAUACAUACACACGCGCUCCCUUUGUUGUGAAGUUUACUCUCAGUUGAAAGUCUGACGUUUUAGUUCCAGUUGCUGUCCUAAACAGUUCCUCCGGUUGUAUUGUUCAAACAGCAACAGUUCAAGUUCAGUUUGAGUGGAUGUGUCAAGAUGGUGGAGAGCCGGAGCUGUGUCCAAAGGGAGGGGGUGUACCGCUGGUUCUCCUCCCUCACCUCAGCCCAGAGAGCCGAGUUCCUGUGCGGCCUUCUGGACCUCUGCGUUCCCAUCGAGCUUCGCUUCCUCGGUUCCUGCCUGGAGGACUUGGCCCGCAAGGACUACCACUCCCUCCGGGAUGCGGAGAUCAAAGCCAAUAACCCCGCCGACCUAUCGGGCCUCACCAACAUCACGGACGAGGUGGUGCGCAGCAAACUGCUGGUGUCCCUCGCCCUGCUCGGCUCGGACAACAGGGAGGCGGCGGGGGUCCUGUACCGGACCCUGACGCACAUAGACUCGGUGAUCAAUAACUACGGCCUGGCGCUGAACGACGGGAGGACGGAGGAGCAGUUUCUCCUGCUGUUCACCAUGGCCUCUCACCACCCGGCCUUCAGCUUCCACCAGAAGCAGGUGCUGAGGCAGCAGCUCGGCCAGAUCCAGGACAUCCUGCAGGUGAGCAGUGGAGGAGGAGGAGGAGAGGCUCAAGCAGGAGGCCCCGGCGGGGAUCGAGCCGCCGCCUGUUACGCUCAGCCGCACCACCACUAUCACCAUCAGACUGUGUCUCUGCCUCUGGCCUCGCUGUCUCCAGCUGCCUGCUCCCUGCCCGAUGCCAGCGCCGCCUACCUGCCUCUGUCUGCCUGCCAGCCCUGCCACACACACUGCACCUGCUGGCACAAGAGCCAGACCAGAGAGGCCGGCGCAGUCUCAGGGCAGGGCUCAGGGGUCACCACGGGGAGACGAGACCAAGCGGUCGGCCAAGAGCUCGGCCCGCCGCACCCAGACCUCCCCCCACCUCCUCCUCCCCCGCCUCCUCCUCCACCACCUCCUCAUCAGCCUCCUCCUCCUCUACCUGCUGCACAGGGCCAGGAUGCAGCAGCAGCAGCACCAACCAAGAACCACCAGGGGAAAGCAGGAAAGGUGGUGAUUGAGAAGGUGGUGCUGAGAGGAGUGACACACAAGUCUGAAGACUCCAGUGAAUAUGUGUUCGAGGCCAGCUGGUCAGAUGGUUUUGUGUCAUCCGUUGUCAGGACUCAGCAGGAGGUGACAGAGCUGCUGUCCCAGCUGUCACAAGCAUUUCCUGAUGAAGAAGUGGAGAAAUUCCUCCCUCAGUCCUUAGAGCUGGACCCCAGGUGUCUGACAGCGCUGCCCUGCCAUGUCCUCCAGCACCACAGCGUCCAGCUGUUCCUCACCUCCACCAGGCCUCUCUCACCCAAUUGUCCUGCCUCCCUCCCCCCAUUGCCCUCCUCCCUUCCCACUGCUCCUGUAGCCCCAACCUGCCCGAUCACCUCCAGCUCUCAUGUUGGCUGUAUGCUUCAGUACAAAGGAACCAACAGGGCGGUGUACAGAGUGGCCAGCGUCCAGCCCGUCGUCAGCACCCACAGCUCUGUCUUGACUCGCCCUUCUCCUCACCUCUCCUCCCUCCCUCCUCCUCUUCCUCCCUCCAUUCCUCCUCCCCAGCACUCCCCCAAGCUGUCCUCCCUCCCUCCCCCUGUGCCAGCCCUGCCCAGUCAAUGCUCCACGGCUGUCGGAGGCGAUCCCUCCUCCCAGCCGCACCCCCAACACAGUCAGCCGCACUCGUACUCUCAGCCCCAGCAGCACUCCCAGCACCACCUUCAUCCACAAAGCGGCAGUCAGUCCAGCGCACAGCCUCAGUCCCUGCACCUGUCCCAUUCCCAGCCAACGUCCCACUCACAUUCCCAGUCCCUGUCAUACCCUCAGUCCCACUCCCAAUCCCGAUCCCAGUCCCUUACACAGGCGCCAUGCCAGUCUCAGCCCAACACUCCGGAGCAGAACGGCAUCCUGGACUGGCUCCGCAGGCUCCGGCUCCACAAGUAUUACCCCGUCUUCAAACAGCUCACCAUGGAGGAGUUUUUAGCGCUGACAGAGGAAGACCUGAACAAGUACGACCUGACCCAAGGUGCAAAGAAGAAACUCAAGACUCAACUGGAGCUACAAAAGUCACUGGACAGAGAGAUGAAGAUGGAGAAGUGGUCCUGCAGCGGCAUCGCCAGGGUGACGCCUUCCAGUCACAUGGGACCCUCAGCGCAUCCCACCUCCACUGCAGGAGAGCUGCGAGUGGAGGUGGACGCUGCGCAGCACCAUCACCCCGUCUCAACAGACAGCAGCUCGUCCUCGGGUUACUCCAGCUCUUCCUGCUCCCCCCGAACACCACUCUGCUGUGACUCCACCUUCGACAGGACCAGAGACAUUCACAGGCGUAUGCCGGGUCCGGACGCAGCAGGAGGGGGUCCCGAGAAGGACCGCUCCUGCCUCUUCAUCCUGAACUCCAGCUGCCCCACAGGCUCCAGUCGCCCCACAGCCCAGGUCCUACCUGUCCAAACUGAUCCAGCUCCCCCUCUCCCUCCCUCCUGCUCCUUUGGCCUCCCGCAGCCUCCCUACCACCCACAGGCCAGUUACCCCCAGACCCUGCUCUCCCCGGUCUCAAACCCAGCACGCAUCCUGGCCUCCCCGCGUAAGCCCAGGCCCCCUCCGCUGUGCACGGAAGACCGGACUAAGCCGCUGGGCUCGGGCGUGCCUACGGCUGGUGCAGGCUUCAGCACGGGGCUCAAUGUGGGGAUGGGGGUGAGGCUGGAGAACCUGUUCCCUGGCCUUAACAUGGACGGCUCAUCAACGCUACAGGACUCGGUGGUUUGCCGCGGCCUGGCCGGAGGUGCUGUGGGUCUGAUGGUAGAAACCAGCUCUGCUAUGACCUCCACCUCCAACAGCCUCCACCACGUCUCCCACCCCCCUCUUCACUUCCACCUCUCCUCCUCCUCAUCCCCCUCUCCAUCUGGAUACUACUCCUGCCCACCUACUUCCUCUUCCUCCUCCUUCUCCUCUUCUGUCUCCUCCUCAUGUCCCUCCACAAAGUCUGGCUCACAGUCUGGCAGCUCCAGUGGUGGUGGUGGCUUUGUUCCCAUGGCAACCGCAAGCAAUGUUCCAGUGGCUGCUGUGCCCGGCAACACUUACUACCCACCCCAGCCUGCCUCUAGCCCCUCCCCUUCCCCCUCCUCUGCGUCUUCAUUGGAUCAAAGUUCAGGUCACACCCCUUCCGUGUGUGUUUGCAGUUCCUGCGGUUGUCGGGGAAACUGCGGCGCGUAUGGGGCGUUGCCUGGAUACGCAGCGGCCGGCUACCUGCAGCCAUUGUCGGCCGGCCCCUCCCUCUUCACCCUGGGUCCUCUGCUCCAUCUCAGCCCCCUGAUAGCCUCGUCCAGCACCGCCGGCACUGGAGCCUUCUCCUACCCGAUGAUGAUGCCACCACCUCUCUACCGCCACAGCCCUGUGUCACAUGACCCGCAGCAGGGCUUCGCCUUUUACCAGCCCCAUGGCAUUGUGGGAAAUGGAGGCCAGAAACGGACAGCAGGGAGCCUGUCGUGCUAUAACUGUGGUGCCAAUGGACACAGAGCAGAGGAGUGCAAACAGCCGCCCAUGGAUUCAACACAGCAAGGGACAUUUCGGCUGAAGUACACUCCUCACUCUGACAGUAAGGACUCAGGGGACUAACGAGUGGAAACACUAGUGGAUCUGAACUGUCGUACUCCUGACACAACUGUACCUCAUGCUCCUGCUGGAGCCAGCAGGCAGCGGCCACAGAGUUUAAAAGGGACGAGCAGACGGACGGCCUGCCUCCAGGUACAAGGAGGCAACGCGAGUCUGUUUAAAGACCGUCGAUGUGAAAGCGCAGACCACCUGUGUCUUUUGUAAUUCUUUUACAACAGCUUACGGAGAGAUGAGAGGAGGAUGGAAAAGAAACAGAUUGCUUGUCACAGUGUGUGUCAUCAGAUUAGCUUUCAUCCCUCCUCAGAUCUCCACAGAGACAAACACGAGUCACAGGCAGAGCUGGAGAUUUGUAAACUCUGCCUCGCCUCCUUUCAGAGGACUCUGCCUCAUCCUCAGAAGAGACACUACAAACAGCUCACCAGCCAUGUUACUGAUGGUGCAGUACAAUCAGAGAGUCCCAAAAUCUGCCACCCAGCUAAGUGACUGAGCAUUUAUUGUCUUCUAGGUGGUUCACAAACCAAAGGCACAGCACUCACUGGGAACUGAGCCGAGUGCAUUUUAAACAUAAAUCCCAGAAAUCAAAUUAUAGUGACAGACUGGAUACCUUGCAUUUCUGUCCAGCCCUCUGAACCCACAAAGAAGCACCUUUCACUGAAUCUGCUCAUAUAAAACAUCCCAUCCUACAUUUUAUGCUAACAGGACGUUAUGCAAUAUGUGCGCUGAGCAAAGGCAAUCGACGUGCGUCUUCAGAACUGCCAAUUAAACUUGGCAAGAAGUUUAACUACCAUCCACAACUCUUUUUAUGCAGCUGUGAACAGCUCGUCUAUUUCCGGUGAGCAUCACUCUGUAGGAGAAUAGCAUCCAUCAAAACAGUUCAUGUUAAUCCAGCUUUGGUUUGUUCACAAGAAAACGCCACAGUACACCUUUAAAAUGGUGAAUCAAGACGGUUGAUCCUUUACAGAACCUGAGGCUCUGCAGAAUCUGCUGCUCCACCCAAGAUCGGGUGGUUUAUUCCCAAGGAGACCAAAACUGACGAGGCAUUCAGGCGCUGUAAUGUCAGCUUUUAAAGUUGAUGACCACAUGGUGGCAUUAAGAGGCUGGUGGUGUAGAGACCAGCAAGAAAAACCAAGCUCCAUGAUACCAAGUUGUGAUGAUCCAACGUCUAUUCUGUGCCAUGAAAGCACCAAAAGAGCUACACGGCUGGGAAAUGCAUACUGUGCAGUAAGAAAUAAGUGUGUGCUGCACUCAUCUGCUCUGCUGCUAACAAGGCAGAUCAUUUAUCCGGUCACAGAGGAGCCCACAGGCCGGUGCAGCGGGACAGACUGACACAGUAUCUUUUAUAUAAAGAAAGGAAUAACUUAACAUAUUAACAUUUGCUGAAUUUACAACGGGGGAUAAAUAAUAGACGGCGUCUCACAAAGUUUUUAAAGUUUCCUCUAGCAAGUGUCAAAACUAUCAAUUGUCAGACAGGUUUUUUUUAGGGAGUCUGGAGCUCAUUUGCCACUGCCUCAAAUUACUCAUGCGCAAGUUUAACUCUGGAACAGAGAUCUGAUCUCAACGAGGACAAUGAGAGCGCAGUAAAUUCCCAUCUGUAAACACAGAGGUAAGAUCGGGUUGUGUCAGAUAUACAGAUAAGGUCCUGUGUUAAUACCGAGUGUAAAUGAGGUGUUACUGCCUAGAUUCCUCACAAAAGCUUUUCCAAUGGUUCAAAUCAUGUGAUGUAUAAUCUAGUAAUCAUUGAGCACCAGGGCACUGAUCACCUUCAUUCAAUAAAUGACAUUAUCUUAUUAGGCACUGACAGCCACAAAGGACACACCUUGUGUAUCCUUCAAACGAGGGUUUGACAUGUGACUUGGGCUUGUUGGCUGCGAGUGAAGAUGUAUACGCUGGGUGAAGAAAGAUGGAUCAUGAUUGAUGUGAUGGACGGGUCACGAAAGUGGAAUCCCUCUUCAGCAGCUAGCGAUGGCAGAGUGAAAAGCCCUUCACUGGCGCCCGGGGCGAAAUCCGGAUCAGCCUCUCUACCUCUGAGCCAACCUGAGAGCAAAACGGCCUCCUGUGCCAAAUACUGUUCCUCUACAGCAGGACAAUCACAGUGCACACUGAGCAGUUUCACACACUUCAAAACCUCUUGGGUCAGUACAGAAUGUCUUUGUAUCUUCAGAUCACACCAGUGUUUCAUUCAAGCUGGAUGGACAUUUCAGAAGUGCCUUCUUUCAGUUCAGCUUGAUGACAUUGUUUUUUUCAUGUUGUUGUUAGUGAGUGAACGUUGAGCAGCCUGGAUGUUGAUCCUAAACUUGUUCUCACUCCAGUAGGUAGGGAGUUGUUUUGUAAUUAACGUACGCAAAGGAAAAUUGAGGACAGAUGAGUUGGAAAGAGUCUGAGUACGUUAGAAAAACAUUCUCAGUGUAUUCGAGUCAUUGAGUGCGAGCGAGUUGCUGGGCAGGACCCAGAGUUUUCCAGACAUGAGGACAACUGGUCCUUCAGAUGAAACUCUAUCUGUACCCCUGGAGGGCACAGCACGGGGCACGCGGGGUGUUUAUUUAAAAUAGUAAGUAUUGAACAUUCAGUGUGUUUAACAGCUUCUGUCUGUUGUUAGAAUAAGUCAGCAAUGUGCUUUUGUAUUAUGAUGUUAAAUGUCUUCUCACAGAAAUAUGAGCUCUCGCUUGUUCAGCCGAAUGUCCAUCUAACUUCCUGUAACAGUGCAACCGCCUCUAUGAACACGCUGCAGAAACACUUCAUACGUACUUACAUGGUUGCACAGUACGGGACAGCUGCCUCCAUACCAAAGAAUGCCUUCUUUUGGAUUUUAUUUGUCACAUAUCUCUACUUUUGUAGGUUUUUUGGAACUAUUUAGUUUUGCAGUUUCCUUAAAGCCAGAGUCUAAAUCUGUAAGUCUCAGUAGAGGUGGUUGACUGAUCCUCCAGCAUGCAUGUUGCCUCAUCUCUAGUAAAAUGUGCUCUUGAAACGUUUGUGUGCAAAUGUUUGAACUCAGUUUCUAAAUACCCAGUUCAUUUGUAGGUCAGAUUUUAUAUUGCUUAUUGCGUUUUAAAACUUGUUGUAUCAGUACUUUGAGGGAAACACGUUUGGGAAAUAAAAUAUUUUCUGAUUCUGUC